CUUCCGCAGACACCCGAUCAUAGACAGGGCGCUCUCUCUCUCUCCCCCCACCCGCGUCGUUGGUUGUAGUUUCCGGUCUCUGAGCCGGAAGUAGCGCUGUGUUGCCCGGUUGCCGUUCUAGUAGUGUGCGAGCUGUGCCCGGACCCGAAGCCGAGAUGCCGCUGGAGAACCUGGAGGAGGAAGGGCUACCGAAAAACCCGGACCUGCGGAUCGCGCAGCUCAAAUUCCUGCUCAGCCACCCGGAGCCAUGCGGGGAGCCGGCCAUCAAAGCGGAGCUCAUGGAGGCCGUGACCCGGAAUAGUGAGUGUCCGCCCCGGGGAGAGAGAGAGAGAGAGAGAGAGAGAGGGGGGACCCGGCACCGGCCAGCCAGCCGGGGGGAGACAUGGCGGCGCUGUGCUCGGUCACCGGCCUGGCUCAGCUGGGCCCCUGCCGGCUGCCAUUUAUUGCUGAGUAAUGCGGGAGCUCUGCCUCCUCCUCCUCCAUGAUAAUCCCCCCCCCCCCGGGGACACCGUGUCAGUGUGUGAGCCGGGAUACAAUGAAAGUACUGAGAACCUGCACACACAGCGAGUACCGAGCCGCCAUUAAUCAGAGUAUUCACAGACAGUGACAAGGCAAUAGCACCCAGGGAUAUAUUAUUAUAUUAUUAUAGGAUAUAUAUUGCUUAUAGCGUCCUGGAAUAUACUUAAAAAAUAAAUAAAUCUCAAUGCCCUCUUCCUGGUCCAACACAUUUUAAUUAAAAACAAAAACACAAUAGUCAAGUCUUCACAAUGGGCCGCUUACAUUUACUUCAGAAUAACAUAUGGAUAGGUGAAUUGCAUUAGUGCCCACAGCUAUUUCUGUAGGUGUAACCAUCAGUAGUACGUUGUUUAACCCCUUAAGGACCAAACUUCUGGAAUAAAAGGGAAUCAUGACAUGUCACACAUGUCAUGUGUCCUUAAGGGAUUAAACCCAAAGAAAACACAGAUAAAAUAGUGUUUUUAAAAAAUGCAUAAACCUCCACAAGUCACACCUGUGCUAAUCUAUAUGCCAGAGAGCAUGUGUUUCAGCUUUUAAGCACAUUGUGUGUUCAUUGACACAAGAUAUGGCUAUUGUUGAGAAAAUAAUCAGAUGGAAAGCAGGUACUUGUUAAUUUAACCCACACCAGAUGCCUGGGGGAUUUGUCCUUACAAAGCUGACACACUUCCUUAUAGCAAUACUGUUUCAUACCUGCAAUGGACACUGUGAUAGGCUGAAAGCGGUCAGCUGACAUUCUCAUCUAACCAGAGUUGCCCAUUGCUGCUCAAUUUAUUGCUUCCUUAUCAGCCUGAGCAUAACAAUGGCACCAGGGGACAUCAUACACUAUAACCACUUUAAUGAGAUGAAGCUGGUACAGUUAGGGGCAUUAAAGUGACACUCCACUGCUAAAAAAAAAAAAAAAAUGUUUACUAGAUAUACCCCCAGUAAAAACAUGCAAAUGUUUAUGCAUUUUUUCAUAUUAUAUAGGACCUUUAGGGGUCUGGAGUGUCCUUUAAAGGUAGAGGAGGAAUUGGGGAGUUUUAAGCAUCCAGGGUUAGGAUCUGUGUUAGGAAGAGUUUAGAAUGGGGAGGAAGGGUAGUGUUGGGGACCUCAGGCAGCAGAGUGUGCUAUCACACAUGCUCUCUAGUCAUGAUUGUGGCUGGAACUGUAGGGAGAAAAGAGUGUUGAUGAAAUUAAUCACUAGUGCAACUAUUGGUUGUAAUGUUAACAAGUACACUAUAAUUUUACAGUACCAGUCAAGUCCCCCCCCAGCACAAUACAGCAUGAAAGAAGCUGUUUCAAUUAGUACAAAUAUUGAAAUUUCAAUCACUUCUAAACUUCUCCCUGUUAUAUCCUGGCAGAUAUGUCACCUUUCUAUGAAAGCCUGUGCAAACAACUGGACUGGUCACUAGACACAGACCUACUAAACAAAAUGAAGAAGGCUAAUGAAGAAGAGCUAAAGAGGCUAGAUGAUGAGCUGGAGGACGCAGAGAAAAACCUUGGCGAAAGUGAGAUUAGAGAUGCCAUGAUGGCAAAGGCUGAAUACCUCUGUAGAAUUGGUGAUAAGGUAAGCCUUGUGAAUGUUACUACUUCUGACCACCUUUACUAAAGGAACACUCUAAACACAAUGGCCAUUACAGCUUGUUGUUGUAGUUAUAAUGUAGAGUCUUUGUUGUCUAGAAUUCAAAGUGAAUUUUAAAAUGUGGGCCAGAAUAGAUGGACCAAGAACAUAGCUGAAUUUUCCUCUUUUGCUAUUUCGGCCUAAAAUUUGAGAUAAAGUUAAUUUAACAUCUUCUGUGUUUGUUAAACAAGACCUGUUCAAAAUCACGUUAAAAAGAAUUAUAACCCCCAGGCUCUGACAACUAUUGUUUAUUUUUCUGCAUUCAUCAGGAAUUUUAUAGCAUAAUAUCCUACUAAUAGAUGUUUCUUUCCAAGAGAAAUGCAGCACACACAUAUCAUUCCAGUAAUCAAACAGGGAAAGGUAACUGAUACACUGUUAACCAUGAUUAACUAAAAAUAAGAACAAAAUGGUGUACAUAUGGAUGGUUUUUAUGUGAAGAGUGGAGUAAGGACAACUUUCUAUUGAAUGCAUCUUUGCAGUUGUGAUGUAUAUAGUUGUAAAUAAUUUCUACAAAUUCAUUAAUAUGCUCUAUAUUUUAAGAAAAUAACAAACAUAUGUUAUAGUAUCACCUUAGGGCAGGGGUCCUCAAACUGUGGCCCUCCAGAUGUUGCUGAACUACAACUCCCAUGAUUCUUUGAAUUACAUAGGUAGCCAGAGAAUCAUGGGAGUUGUAGUUCAGCAACAUCUGGGGGGGGGGCUGGAGUUUGAGGACCCCUGCUUUAGGGUUUCAUUCAUUAAUCUGCAUGUGCCUCUGAGAUUCAGGUCGCACUGACUCUUUAUUGUGAACAGAAUAAGAGACUUUACUGAGUAGAACAUGCAGUGAUAAAAUUAGCAUAUUGGUGUAGUGAAGAACCUUCUAUAAAUCUGUUUUAUAUUGCCAUUCACUUGUAGUGUUAGAGUUGUUGUAUUGAUUUAGAAUCCUGAUGGGACCUUGUAUUUUAGGAAGGGGCACUGACAGCAUUCAGAAAAACGUACGAUAAGACCGUGGCACUAGGACAUCGACUGGAUAUAGUGUUUUACCUCCUGAGAAUUGGCUUGUUUUAUAUGGACAAUGACCUGAUUACGAGGAACACUGAGAAGGCCAGAAGGUAUGGUUCAAGCUUUAACUUUGUUUUGUAAUCACUUCAUACGAUACAAGCUAAUGCACCCAGUAUUACACUGUACAUACUGUUGUACUGUUAUGUUAACUAGUUCUUGUGAUAAAAUAUUGUGCUCUUAUCCUUUUUAAAAGUCUCAUUGAGGAAGGUGGUGACUGGGACAGGAGGAAUCGUUUGAAAGUUUACCAAGGCCUUUACUGCGUUGCCAUCCGAGACUUCAAGCAAGCAGCUGAACUCUUCCUGGAUACAGUGUCAACAUUUACUUCCUAUGAGUUGAUGGAUUAUAAAACCUUUGUUACGUACACUGUUUACGUCAGUAUGAUAGCACUCGAUCGACCAGACCUAAGAGAAAAGGUACUAGUUUUAGCCUGUGCCUGGAAAUCGUAAAAGGUUAAUACCAUGAGUUGGAAUUUCUUUGAAGAAUCACAAGUCAACUUUAAAGGAGCACUAUAGCGUCAGGAACACAAACCUGUAUUUCUGACCCUAUAGGGUUAAAACCACCAUAUAGCCCCCAUGUCCCCCCUCAUACCUCCCUAAAUAUAGUAACAUCUUACUUGUAUUCAAGUCUGGAGCUGGUGGCUUUGUCUCUAUUUACUUUUGACCUGCACACUGCCUUCUGACAUCAUCAGAAAUGGUGUUCUGAGCCAAUGACAAUGCUUCCUCAUAGGAUUGGCUGAGACUGACAAGGAGGCAGAUCAGGAGCAGAGCCAGCACAAUUCAAACACAGCCCUGGUCAAUCAGCAUCUCCUCAUAGAGAUGAAUUGAAGAAGUGAAUAUCUACGAGGAAAGUUCAGUGUCUGAAUGCAGAGGGAGGAGAUACUGAAUGUUUGGAUGCAUUUUAGGCAGCUAUGACCCAGGAAGGAUCUCUAACAGCCGUCUGAGGAGUGGCCAGUGAAGUUAUCACUAGGCUUUAAUGUAAACACUGCAUUUUCUCUUCUCUACUCACGAGAACAAAUUCAAUAGUUGUUCUGGUGACUAUAGUGUCACGUUUUGCUACUGAAAGUCUGUUUAUUGAACCUUCUAUAAAAUAAUUUGUUUCAAGAUAUUUCUCUAUAUAUAUGUCUCUGCUCCGGAGAUAUGUUAGCAACAUAUUAAAAUAUGUUCUGUUUAUUUUAGAAAAAGUAUUUUCAAAAUUAAAAUAAUGAAAAUAUUUAAACUUAGUGUAAAUGUCCAUUUUUGUCCAGUAUUUCACAAAUUAUGUGUGUUAAUUUAAAGAAAGGAGGUACAAUUAAGCCAAAAAUGAGUUCACUCUGUCACCCAAACUUCAUAUUUCGGUAUAUGCAGCCAGAGUGUGUGGAUUCAAUGGGAGAUUUAGAAAUAUCGGCCUUAUUGAAACAUCGCCCACCUAUACAUGUGUGCAGGGAUAGGGAACAGGUAGUUAUCCAUCUUUGGACAUACGAAUUCUUAAUGUUUACAGUGUUGGUAACUGUAUUUGUGUUCUGAUUUUUAUAAAUCAUGCUCAUUCAGGGCAUUGAUCAGCUACUUUAGCACCCAGCUCUUUGGUAUUUUGUUCCAUCAAUUCUUUCUAUUUGUUUUUAAAAAGAAUUGUCAUUUCAGGUUAUCAAAGGUGCAGAGAUUCUGGAAGUGUUGCACAGUUUACCCUCUGUCCGACAGUACCUUUUCUCUCUCUAUGAAUGUCGGUAUUCGGUUUUCUUCCAGUCAUUAGGUAAGGGAUUCUACCUAUAUUCAGUGAAAACCAUGCUGGAUUUGUACAUAAUUUAAAAGUUACAAGCACAGUAAAUGAACCUCCUCUAAUCAAGAAUGGUAUGCUUCUGUAUAUAAAAUAAAUUUUCACCUGCAACAUAAAAUAUACCAUUGCUUAAGAUUCUUAAGUAAAUUAUACUUGACAUGAUCCUGCACUACUAACCUCUGUGGCAUAUGUUAAAUUGAUUUAUCUUUCUCUAUUAUAGCUACUGUAGAGCAGGAAAUGAAAAAGGACUGGUUGUUUGCCCCUCACUAUCGCUACUAUGUUAGAGAGAUGCGGAUCCAAGCCUACAGCCAGCUGUUAGAAUCAUACAGGUCGCUGACGCUCGGAUACAUGGCUGAAGCUUUUGGCGUUGGUGUUGAGUUUAUUGAUCAGUACGUUUUUGUGUUAAUCUUCAUUUUUCUAUCUAUGAAUGUGUACACUGGAGUAUUAUUCACAAAAUGGUUAUGGAUACACAUAAAUUAAAUAUUUUUUUGGUGGGAGGUGGGGUUUGUUAAGUUUGUUAUCAAGUCACUAGAGCUGUUAAUGCCAGUUUGUUCCAGGCAAAAUACUUGGGAUAUAUAAAUCAGUCACAUUCAGUAGGACUUGCAGAAGGGUAGAAAUUUAUUAUUGUGUGGGAAAAGCAGAAAUUUUACUUAAAUAUUUUUUUCCUUAAUAUAGUGGCAGUACCAAUGGGUUUGUAUCCUCUUAAAGGACAAGCCGACUGUCAAUAAAUAAAAUAAAAAUUGAAAAAGUCCCUCCUCUUUCCCCUUUAAAACCCCGGACUUACCCAAGGACCGUCCGUAAAUGAAAAGAAAAGACACAAUAGGCUACAUCAUGCUCAAUAUAAAUUUAUUAUCAAAAGAGGGAGGGAAUUGUACUGCCACUAUAUUAAGGAAAAGAGAAUUUACGGUAAGUCAAAUUUCAGUUUUUCCUGGCAUAUAGUGGCAGAACAAGUGGGAUAUAACAAGAUCCCUGGAACAUUAAAAGGGUGGGUCUCAACGAACUACAGCUUGCAGCACCUUGCGCCCAAAAGCAGCCUCAGAGGACGAGAAGAUGUCUAGCCGAUAGUGCUUGAUGAAGGUCUGAAAAGAGGACCAAGUUGCCGCUUUGCAGAUGUUGGAUUUUUCAGCCCAUAAAGUGGACAUAGCUCUGGUUGAGUGCACUCUAAUGGAGGAAGGUAAUUGAAUAUUGUGCAAUUCAUAAGCCAACUUGGUGUCCGUUAACCACCUCGCCAGAGUGGGUUUAGAUGCUCCCAUACCUUUAUUUCCCUGAAAAUUAAUAAACCAGUAAUCUGAGGACCUAAAUUUUUCUGAAUGAGAUAAGUAAAUUAGAAGUGCUCUACGAACAUCCAGAUUAUGCCACUUCCAUUCUUGAUCCGAACUACAGAAUGAUGGAAGUACCAGAGGUUCAUUAAGAGAUUUUCUUGAAAGAACUUUCAGUGAAAAGACUUAAUAUGUAGCACAACCUUGUCCUGAUGGGAAAAUCGUGAAUUCCGACACAGAGGAAAGGGCUUGAAUCUCCCCAAUUCUUCUAGCUGAGGUAAUUGCUACCAGGAAAAUAGUAUUGAGCGACAGAAUUCUUAAUGAUACACCUUCAAGUGGUUCAAAUGGAGCUUCACAUAAAGACUGUAGCACCAGAGAUAAAUCCCAGGAAGGGGAUUUAAAUUUUCGAGGUGGUCUUUGUAGAAGAAUGGACUUGAAGAAACGCCUAAUCUGCAGACAUGUUGCAAACUCUUGUAGCAAAAAAUGGCUGAGGGCUGCAGUGUGAACCUUUUAAAGUAUAGAAACAGAGACCCUUUUCAAAACCUUCUUGCAGAAACUGAAGAAUUGUCUUAACAGAGGGACUGCAAUAAAAUAAUUAUGCUGAACGCACCAAUAGAGAAUUUUUUUCCAAAUCCUCAAAUCGAUAGUAGACGUAGAAGCACUGGUGGAGUUUAGAAUAGUGUGCAACAUGUUACAUGGAAUGCCUUUGGUUCUCCAGGAUUAACCUUGCAACAAUCUGUCAAUCUGAACAUGCAAAUUGUUUUUUUCCGGGAGAACGACAUUAUCCAGGAGUUGAUCUGAGAAUGGAAGCUCCCAGUAGUCCAGUACCAUAAGUCGCAAUUCUGAGAACUAGCUCUGGUUUGGCCAGUAUGGGAGGACAGCAAUCACUCGAGAUUGUUAUGCCUUGAUCUUCUGCAAAGUUCCCGGGAUCAUUUGUAUAGGAGGAAAAAGGAAUGCCAGGGGAUCAACAUGCUGUCCAGUACCUGAAGGUUGUCCUGUCUGAACAGUGAAGCAAACUUCUGCACUUUUCUGUUCUUUCUCCUUGCCAUUCAAUCUAUUACCGGAAGGCCGAAUCUUUUCACUAUUUUUGAGAAGACUUGAGGGUGUGGAGACCAAUUUGUUUGUGACAUUUGUUCCUGCUGAGGUCAUCUGCUACCACAUUUUGUUCGCCUUUUAUGUGAACCGCCGAAAUAGAUUCCAGGUGCCUCUGUGGCCACAUCAUAAUCUCCCCCACAAAGAACAUGCAGGCCUCUGAUUCUUGUACCUCCCUGACGGUUGAUAUAAGCCACUGUCGUUGAUAUUCUUUAGGUCCAGAAUAGGUCUGACAGACUGAUCUGGCUUUGGGAUCAGGAAGAAUCUGGAAUAUACCCCUUUACCUUCCGGACAUCUUAUCACUCUUUCUGUCACACCCUUUUUAACAGUGCCAUAGCUUCUGAGUAAAGAGCUUCCUUUUUCUUUUGAGAUUGGUAAAAAGACAUGAGAAAACAGGGGUUCAGAGUUUCUGAAAACUUGACUUUGUAGCCCUCUUUUAUGACACCCAGAAUCCAUGGGUUUGAUGUUGAUUCUUCCCAUGUUUUGUAAAAAUGUUGUAGACGUCCACCUACUGUGGUGUCAGAACCUCUUCUUUUUGUCUUGUUUUGCUAGAGUUUGACUUGAAACUUGUAGUCUCUUGUUGGUUUUUCGAAAAAAAACGAUUCCUCUCAAACUUCCCAGAUAUUCUAGGCUGGUAUUGGAAUCUUUUAUAAUUUGGCGUAUAUCUAUGUUCCUGAGUUAAAGCCUUUUUCGUGUUAGACGUUUAUUUAAUAAUUUCUUCUAGUUUGGAAACAAACAAUUUUUAACUUUCCAGAGGUAGUUCACAUAAAGAAGCCUUAGAUGCUGUAUCAGCAGACCACGAAAGCAGCCAUAAAGCUCUUCUGGCCACUGAACCAUUGAACGUGCCAACAGUUUUAGGCCUUCCUCAGAUACAUAAAUACAUCAUCCAACCUUAUAUUAUGUAAAAGUUGAGGAAUUUCUUUUUCUGCUCCUUCCAUCAGGCAGCUCUCAAUUUCUUGAAGCCAAACGUUGUGCUCUCAUGACAGAUACUCCCGCAAUAGCAGCUUUGCUUUGAAAACCUGCUGUUUGGAAGAUUCUUCUGCAGGGCGUCUCCGCUUUUCUGUCUAUUGGAUUUUUAAGACCAGAUACUUCACUGUUGGGUAGUGUGGUCUUUUUGGACAGUUGCGCCACUUGUGUAUCUACCUUUGCUAGCUGCGCAUUUGGAACUCCGGUGGAACACAAGGCGUGUGUUCCACCACCGUGCGCAAGCUCCGAGCUUGCAAUUCCAUUGACGGAACUCCCGGGACCGCCUAUUACUCAUUGCCGGUUUCCACACAGAAUAAGAAGACAUAUUUUCCUGAAAUACUGAUGGUCCUGGGGUAAGUCCGGGGUUUUGAUGAUGGUGGGGGGGACUAUUUACAUUUUUAUUUUAUUUAUUGACAGUGGGCUUGUCCAUCAAGAGGAUACAAACCCACUGGUACUGCCACUAUAUGCCAGGAAAAUACAUUUUAUAGAAAACAUGAUAUUAAAAAUGUUUCAAGUGUAGUACCGAAUGCACUACUUAUCACUUAAUCCAAUUAGUUGACAUGGGUAGUAGACCAAAUAAUUUCUCACUAAACUUCCCCAUCCUGUCUAUUUUUAGACCCUCUUGUGUGAGGAAACAUCUUUAGGCAUAUAUAUUUUAAUCUAUUCUUUUGAUAAGGAGUUUGACUAUAAAAUGUAUAGGUUAUAGGAAUGCCUACGUGACUGAACUUGUCAUCCACAAAUCAUGAAUGACAAGUUUACUUGAAAUAGUUUCACAUCCUACUUCUAUUUAAUUCAGUAAAACAAGUUGAUUUGAACUAAAGCUACAAAUUAAUAUUUUCUGUUUGUUUCAGGGAACUUUCCAGGUUUAUUGCAGCUGGAAGACUUCAUUGCAAAAUAGAUAAAGUUAAUGAAAUUGUAGAGACAAACAGGUAAUGUUUUCUACUUUGUAUGAUUUCAGUUUUGGUGCAGUUCAGUACAUCAUUGUGCAUCAUUGCCUUUCUUUUUUGUUAACUUUGCAGGCCUGAUAGCAAGAACUGGCAGUAUCAAGAAACCAUAAAGAAAGGUGAUCUGUUACUGAACCGUGUCCAGAAACUCUCUCGAGUAAUCAACAUGUAAACUGUCUCACUUUUAACCAGGGUGAAUGAAUCCAAGUGGAAGAGGUCUUGUUAGGUCGUGUAUAAAUAUAUGGUCUCUAUUUACUCAGUAUUUUGGGAGAUGACUGAUGUGUAUUUAGGGGUUUUUACAGUUUUACGUUAUGUAAACAAUCCAUUACUUGUAAAACACAAAAAAAAGAAAAACAAUUAAAAAAAAAAAA